AGCUUGAGAGCAGCGGGAAGAUUUCUCUCUUCUCUCUGGUUAGGAUGACGAAAGCUUCUCCAUCCCUUGCGUUUCUCUGCAUCCAAUCUCUCAAGCUUCAGCUCCUACAAAGCGAAGAUCCGAUUCCUGAUCUAUACGAGCUUCCGUCGGAGUUGCUUGAUGGUGUUGUCGCUCACUUGCCUGCACUUGCUUUGCAGAAUUUUCAGUCCCACAUGCCGUUCCAUUGUUGGGGUGAUUAUGAAUCUGGUGAUGAUUGCUUGAUUAAUGGGAGAAAACGUGCAAGAAAUGAUGUACUUGGUAGCUCUUGGAAGGUGUUGUUUAAGCUGCGUUGGCCUGAGUUCAUUGACCAUGUGGAAUCACCCGCUGAUUGGCAACAGCUUUACUGGGAAAAGCAUCUGCAGAAUUGUGCUGAUGAAGCAGCUGAGGUAGCUCUGCGUCCCACAUUUAGUGGUCGGAUAUGUUCUAUUAAUGUAUCAGAUAACAUAUUGAGAUUCAUUUGCCAUGAAGAGCACGUUAGUUGUCAAAAAUGUGUUUGCAAAAAGCUAUCUUUUCAUUUCAAGACUUUUGGACCGUAUCUUAGGUGUCUGAGGCUUCUGAAUGUGCUCUGCGUUGCAGAAACUUCUGAGUUAUUGAGGACAAGUAAAUUGCAACAUUUAGUUCUACGUUGGAUCAGAUCCGAGAAACAUGUUGAGCACUUGUGCAAGCUCUUGAUCCAGAGCAGAGAUACGUUAACUUCACUUGAAUUUAUUCACUGUAAGCUUUCUUCAAAUUCCAUCAGUGCAAUAUGCGCCUCUCUUCAUGAAAAUGGUAUCUACACAACUGGGAUGCAACGCUUCUGUAUAAAGACAUCUAGCAUUGAGCUAGAUCCACUUGCUGCGCCUCCUGCUUUCGUUUCAUUCCUGAUGUCGGUGAGGACAUUACAUUCCUUACAUUUUUGCGAUAGCAAUCUCGAUAGGCAUAUCACGAGGAUGGUUUUCUCUACACUUCUUGAUUCUUCUUCAAACCUUUCGUCCCUUGAUCUCUCUGAAAACAAUAUUUCAGGAUGGCUUUCAACUUUUUGCUGGAGAUCUGUUGUUGGUUCUCCGUCAUCUGGAAAGUCUUUACGGUCUCUGUGCAAGCUCAACUUAAGGGGAAAUGAACUCAACAAAUACGAUGCAGAGAAUCUUGCACAUGCACUUUUUCUUAUGCCCGGCUUAGAAUCUCUUAACCUGAGUGGAAAUCCCAUAAAGGACAGUGGGAUCAGAAGCUUAAUAUCUUACUUCAAAAAGAAUCUGAAUUCUUGUUUAGCCGAUUUGGAUUUGGAAAACUGUGAGCUAUCAUCUUGUGGAGUUAUUGAGUUUCUUGAUACCCUCUCUAUGCUUGAGAAACCUUUAAAGUUCCUAUCUGUUGCAGAUAAUGCCCUUGGAAGUGAGGUUGCGGAGGCCAUAGUAAACGCUUUUACAUUCUCUGUCGAGUCUAUCAAUAUUUCGGGUAUAGGACUAGGUCCUCUCGGGUUUCUUGCAUUAGGCAGAAAACUUGAAAAAGGGUCGAAGAAGCUGCUGAGUAUUAAUAUAAGCAAAAACCGCGGAGGACUAGAGACUGCUAGAUUCCUGUCAAAGCUCAUACCCUUGGCACCAAGACUUAUCUCAGUAGACGCAUCUUACAAUCUGAUGCCACCUGAAUCGUUGCUCAUGCUAUGUGAUUCCCUGAGAACCGCAAAAGGUGACCUCAAACGUCUUGACAUGACCGGGAAUAGCUGCAUUAACCAAGCAGCUGAACAUUCUACUCUACUCUGUGAAUUUCAACACAAUGGAGAGCCCAUCUUCGUUUUACCUUCAUCAUUUGCUUCACACGUUCCUUACGAUGAUGACCCGUAGAUAUAUCAUGUAUGAUGAUGACCCGUAGCCUGAAAAUCACUAUUUCAUUCCUAUAAUUAAUCAACUUAUGAGCCGAUGUCUUGUACUAUAUAUUAUCAGUUGGGCGGUGUAUCGAAAUUUAAUCAGUUGGCUAGAAGUCUUUAUCAACAUA